GAAAUCAUUUCCUCACCACAGGAACAAGCUGAGGAAGAAUAGUUGAGACAAAUCACACACACAUUAGUUGCUAAAGCCAUAGCUCUCCCUUUUAGAUCGACCAGCUUUUUAGAGUGAUUGUCUCCCUCCUUUUCACUCUUCAUCUCCCUUAGAUUCAAUUCUCCUUUGGCCAUCCUCUCCUCCACCAUGUCCGAUGGAAAGAGCACAAACCCCGGCCGCUGUGAUCCCAACUUCGGCCCAAGUUUUCCUUUCUUCUUCGAUGAUAACCAGGGUUCCUCCAUGUGUAAUAUCAGCGUCGGGCAUCAAGACUACUUUGGUGGUGGUGGUGGUGGUGGUAGUGGUGGUGGUGCCUCCUACAUGAGCUUCGCCGGGUAUUUAGGAGGAGGGUUUGAUGCAUCUGCUUGCUCGCCUUCUGAUGUGAUCAGUGCGUCAAUUGAUCAACAAGAUCACGUCACCGUUGCUGGCAGUUCCAGUUUGGGCAAAGGUGCAGCUGGGGAAACGAGUGAGAGCCAUCCGGUGAGUCCGAAUUCUUCGAUCUCAGCUUCAUCUUCGAAUGAGGCUACCAUGACCGAGGAAGAUGUCGAUAAGGGCAAGAAAGAGACCAGCGGUAAGAACCAACAAGAGGGAUGUGGAGAUGAUCAUGAAGCUCAGGAGAAGCUUACUAAAAAAGUGGAUGAGAAGGCAAACAAAAAGAAAGAGAAGCGGCCAAAGGAGCCAAGAUUCGCUUUCUUGACCAAGAGCGAUAUUGAGAAUCUUGAAGAUGGAUACAGAUGGAGAAAAUAUGGACAAAAAGCGGUCAAAAACAGUCCUCAUCCAAGGAGCUAUUAUAGAUGCACCAGUCAGAAAUGCACAGUCAAGAAGCGGGUUGAGAGGUCAUUCCAGGACCCGUCGGUGGUGAUCACAACAUACGAAGGCCGGCACAACCACUUGUCCCCGGCGGCCCUCCGAGCCAAUGCUACCAUUGGGAUGUUACCACCUACAUUUCUCAUGCCACCACCAUUAUCGUCUUUUGGACAUAAUAUCUUCACCCAUGAGUAUUUCAUGGGUGAUCAAUUAUUCGCAAGUACCCCCCACGAGCCUCAAGUUCAUGACCCAGUCAGCUCCAUGUUCCACAGAAAGCUUGAAGCCCGUCAAGAUUCGGAGUUCCAAUUUCCCGACCAUGGCCUACUACAAGACAUGAUUCCCUCAUUCCAAAACACCCAACAACCAUAACCAUUGCAACGUCAUAGCCAGAGAUCGUCUGACCAAGGAGGCCUUAAAAAUAGAAUGAUCUCGAUCUGUUUCAUAAUAUUGAACGUGGAUCCUGGAAAAGUACUAAAAAAAAGGGUACUUCCAGCAAUCCUUCAUCAUCACCUCAUAAAGAUUUCACAUCUUGGCAGUUUCGGUUCCUACAACUCCACCAAGUCAUCAUGUGCAUAUGUCCAUGCCUCUAUGAUAUAUAUUUUCUAGACCAAGAUCAGAGUGCUGUAGGUCGGACCAGCAUAUGCUAACCAAAGUAAAAGGAAAGUGAAGCCCUUUCUUUAGGGAUGAGUUUCCACAAAAGGAAGCUCUCUCUUCAUUUUGCUUGGGGAGAAGCUAGCACUACAUAUAAGAGAUCGAGGGUUGGUCGAAUGAUCAGGUAUGAGAGCUGGCUAUAUUGUUUGGACUUGUGUUGGGCUGCUAUGUAUCUAUAUGGAUCAUCGAUGGAAUUGCUAUGUCGGCGCAGAACAUUAUCUUGUUUUGACCUGAACUUGGCAUUCACUUUCCCGGUUGAUGUAAUCCUUGGUACAAUAGUAAUGAUAUAUGCUCUAGGAAUGACAUGAUGCAUGCAGUUCUGAUAUCUAAUUGACUUUUGACUAGAAAAAUAGAGCUAGAAAA